AUGGCAGCCACCGCACCGCCGCCAAAGUCCGAAUUUCCAUACUCAUUGGAGAUCUCAAUUCCACUGCCAACUCAACGUCUUGCCUCAUCUGCGCUGCAAACUCUCGAUGUCGAUCCUGAGUUGUCAGCCUUUGUGCGACGCACCUUGACCCUCACAACCCCCGCCCCCGAAGCGGCGACCGAGCCCCAAGAAAAGAAGCAAAAGCAAGAGCCCAACCUGGAUAGCUUGGAUGAGUCGAAGACCGUCCUGCAGGUCAAUUACUACGCCACGACGAACCGCAUGCUCCGAGUCGCCGUCAAUGGAUUCAUGGAGAGUAUGGGUGUUAUUCUGGGCGCGAUGGCCGAGUUAGACGUCGAUGUGCUCGAAGCCGAAUAUGAGGGGUGA